GCCACAGCAGCCAAAUAGCGGGCUACGUUAAUAAGACGUUCUGGCUCUUCCCAUCACCAUGGCAACUGCUAACUGCUAGGUCCUGUUUCUCCAGUUUGCUCUGUAGUAUAAAAAGAACAAGCCCUCAUCUGAGACAGGUAGCUUCAUGGGAGUGUCACUUUCGUCUCUUCCCAGCUGUUUGUUUUGCUUGGAAAAAAGGCCUCAGCCAUUGCUCCAACUCUUGUAAAAAAUACUGUCAAAAAGCUUCAGCUUCCUACAGCAUACCUUAUUUUGUUUACUCCAUUUUAUAAAGCCAGAGUAACAGGUGCCUUCUACCUCUGUGGUUCAGGCACUGUGUAUUCUAUAAGAUCUGCACAUUCAGGUACACUGCAGCUCUCCAGAACGCAACGGGAUGGAAGAUGUCCCAACAAGGUCCCAGGCAAUGGGACAGUUGACCUGGACUGUGGCUGGCUCACAAGUCCUAGGGCUUGCAGUAAUUGCUAUCACAGGAGUAUGGAUGGGACACUAUAGGGGAGGCAUUUCCUGGAGCGGGAUGCAGCAGUUUAACGUCCACCCACUUUGCAUGGUCAUUGGGAUGGUAUUCCUCUAUGGAGAUGCUGUCCUUGUGCAUCGAGUAUUCCGAAAUGAAACUAAACGUAUAACAAAGAUCCUACAUGGUGUUAUACACUGCAUGGCCUUCAUCAUUGCAAUUGUAGGUUUAGUAGCAGUAUUUGAGUUUCACAGGAAGAGUAAUAUCACAGACAUGUACUCCCUGCACAGCUGGUGUGGUAUUGCCACAUUUGCUUUAUUCUUUAUCCAGUGGAUACUGGGCUUCUCCUUCUUCCUGUUUCCAGGAGUGACAUUUUCUCUGAGGAGCAGCUACAAACCACUUCAUGGCUUCUUUGGCAUUGCCCUGUUUGCCCUUUCAAUUGGAACUUGUCUACUAGGAAUCCUUGAGAAGAUAUUCUUCAGCAUCCCGAUGACCAACACCGGUUAUGAGCCAGAAAGAGUACUGGCCAAUGUUCUAGGUUUGCUGUUGGUCGCUUUUGGAAUUUCAGUUGGUUACAUUGUGACAAAAGAAGAGUGGAGACGCCAACCUCUGCCUGAAGAGCAAGCCCUUUCAAUGGAUUUUAAAACUCUUACUGAGGGCGACAGUCCAAGUGAUUCAUGAUGUCCACAAGGCCCACUAAUCCAAACACUCUCUGGUAUUACAGAAUCUAUGUAAAAUAUUUACUUGGUGUACAGUCCUUCUGAAGAAGAAGGACUUAAACUGUUAUUUAUCCUGCUCUUUGAAAUCUUAUUAAAACCCACUUUUAAUUAAUGCUCAUUGGGUGGGAAAAGUGGAUGCAAAGUUGUCCUGCCAGUGACUCAUACUGCUGCAUUAGAUGUUACUAGCCAAAGUAGGCUGGUCAUAACUGUUUUACAUUCAUUGAAAGCACCUUGGCGCAAGGGGGGAGUAACACUGGAAAAAAAUUAAAAAAUGGAACUUUUAAGAAACAUGAGAUCACCUUACUGUGCCAAAAUUUUGGUCAUGCCAUUUAACCCUCUAAGAGGUAAUGCAAUCUCAUUCAGUUCAGUUCAGAGGAGAUGGGAGGUAUGCAUUUUGAACUCUGUCUGCUAACACCAACACUCCUUUGCAAUUGUAUUUGGGCUACAAUUGUCAGCAAAGAACCUGUUGCACCUUUUUACUAAUGCCAUCUUCAAAUGCACUCUUCGAUGAAGGCUUUUUAAAAACUAAGAAACCAAAAUCUGUCCCCUACUGAGCUUACCAAAUUGUACUUGCCUGAUAAUGUUGCAUUCUAGAAACUAUACCUCUUAGUAAUUAACCAGGAGUGUGCCAGCAUUUGUCACUGAUUUAAAUAAACUACUUUGUAAUCAAAAACUACUCUCAUUCACUAAAAACUUUUCAACAAUUCUGACACUUAGAAAGGGCUUGCAGCCCAUUUCACUGUUUUUCUUGCAACCCACGUUUGACUCAAAAAGUGCAAGAAGUAAGCCAUUAUACAAGACAAUAUAAUUUAACCAGCACUGGAAGUAUUGAUUUUUCAAAUUUUUGAUGACUUUUGAGGAGGACCAGUGGACUCAUUCACAGUAGGGCUGUACUGCACUUCUGCAUGACUCUCAAAAAAAGGAAUACAUGGUGGUAAAAGAAAAUUGUAACUUACACCCUACCAAUAAAUUUUAACCUCAUGGCAUUUCCUACAGAACCAAAUCAUGAAUCGGGCUUAACAUGAAAUUAUUGUCACUCAUACACAACACAGAUGUGUGCGCGCACAUGCACACACCCACCUGCACCUUUCCUAUGGACACCACAUAAAGAGAGUAGUAGAUCACAAAAGAAGGGAGAUCACGUACAGAAUGCAUGUAUUACUGCCAACAGCAAAUACAAAAAAAGCCUUUCAACAAGUGAAGAAAGCCUCUAAAAGUGCAAAGUGAUUCUAACAUGUCUGAGACAUGCUAUUGUCCGUCAGCAUCAUACACUGCAGAAUUUACCAUGAGGGUACAAAGAAAGUGAUAACACUGUACCCUAACUUAUGCCAAAGAAUACAAUGUGUCCAUUGCAUGUGAUUUUGUUAGGAAAAGGCUAUGUAUAUAUCCUGCAGAUGUAUUACAUGACAUGCAUGUGAAAUGAUAUUAGACACUUGUAUGGAAUACAGCUAUUUCCCUUGAUGUAUAAAUACUGUAGUGUCCACCUCACAACUAUCCCUUUGAAAAGUAGCCAUGUGUAGCCAUUUAAACAUCUGAUUAACAUACUGGGUUCAGAUGGAUAAAAUGCACAAAUGUCUGACUGAAUACACUAAUUUGUCUAUAUCACCUAAAUUUCAGAAUGCAAUGUAUUUUUGCAACCUACACUUUGAAUAGAGAAACAUUUUAUAAAUGUAUUAAUACACAAAAAGAUGUUGCAGACAAUAGGAAACAUACUGACAAUACUUCUCUUUCCAUUCAUAACCUAUCCAGUACCAGAAGUAGAUUACAUUUUUGUAAUUAAUAAACUCUCUACCAGACAUUAUGGCACACCGACAUAAACAACAUACACUGUGAAUGCUGAUUGGCCUUCCUCAUAUCUACUGUACUCCUUGCUUUCUUGAGCAAUGUAGACCUAAGAAGAAGGGAGAAUUCUGUACUCAUAAUGUGAGCUGGUCUAUAAGUAAUGCCUCUGCUGCCUGAGUUUAAAUGUCAGUUGCAGAUAACAGAAUAUAUGCAAAGCCCACGUAAAGAUAGGCCAGUGACAUUCGGGCACGACUAGAGUAGAAAAAAUUGUAUUGGAUGCUUCCUGUAAAUUUUGCAGUUACGGUAAAAUAAUAUUAGAGACAUUAUAAAGCACCACACUCGACUUUAAAAGAGUAUUUCUUAGGUUAUAAGUUUUCAUCAAAGCAUUUAUUUAGAAUGUCAAAUUGUGUGUGUUUGUGUGUGUGUGUGUGUAAGUAAAAUGCAAUUAUCAGGCCUCUUAAUUAUGCAUCAGUUUCAGACUGGCAUCUAACUAACUACCCUUGCUGAGAACUGCUACAAAGACCAAGGUAGCAUUGCUAUGUACAACCCAGAAAGUUCAUUUAAUCAGGUUGCUAUGAGCCUGGCGCAUCUAUUACCUUAACUCUGACUGCCAUAAUUUCCAUUUGCUUACUAUAUAACUAUGAUGAAAUCACCAAACCAGUUCACAGCUCUUGGGCUGGAAAUCACAUUAUGUUUCACUGCCAGUGCCAUUUCCAGAAUAGAUUCACUGAUUGCAAGAGGGGAUACUAGUGACUCCCAAAAUGCAUUGUAGACAUAACACGAGCUACAGACUGGAAAACUUACUUUAAACAGUGAACACAAUGGCCAUGGCCAGAUGUCCAUGUAGGCCUAAGACCUAUAUACCCACUCCCCAACUAUGUGUAGUCCUCAUGUGUUACAUGGAACAAUGCAAAACAAAGUAAACUCUGUCAUUCUGAGUCCUCAGUUUGUCAGCUGAGAAAUGCAUUAGACAGGAUGUACUGGCUCGUCUGACCGCUCCCUCUGUCUCUAUAUAAACAACAGCUGUUAAAAGCAGUCACCUGAUGCAUUUUCCUUUUCCUUUGCUUGCUUGCAGAGUAAAAGGGAAGGAUGAAAAAUGAUUAUGCAGUCAAGGAACUUGAAAAAUAUAUAGAUUAAAAGAGGAUCAUUCCAAAAAAUGCUUCUGGUAAAGGAAGUUGACAAUUGCCUGUUUCAGACAGUUUGCAUUUUACCACAGUCAGGCACUGCUGCCCCAUUAGAUAAUGGUAAUUACCCUUUCCCCACCAUCAUGUGCACACAAUCAGGCACAUUUUUAUUUCAAUAUAAAUCACACAGAUCCUCUACUUUGAUAUUUUUUCUAAAAUUUUACAGCAGUUUUCAUCAACCAUGUAUAUCGAUAGAUACUUCUCUCCUUACUGUUUUUUUAAGAAUCAGACAUCCUAUUUUACUCAUAUUAGUGUUUGCCUUACGUAGUUUAAGCAGUAGCUACUCCUGUCAUUGUAUGGUUAAAAUCCAGCAUCUGAUCACCAAAUGCAACAGCUCUUAAAGAAUCUGGCAGGCUAUAUGCCAUAUGGCUAACAUAAUAAAUUCUAUGUCUAUAGGAUGUAGCACAUUUGUAAUACAAGUCCCAACAACAUCCUUCACUAGCACACUGUGCGAUUGAGUAAGUCAUUUAAUCAUACCAGUCUUCCCCACUUACCACUGUAAAAACUAUUUUUCUGGUGCGUCUCAACCAAUAAAAAAAAAUUCUUUUGAAAUGCAGACUUAAAGCAUCACAUUGUAAUAUAUUCUGAGGUACCAAGAACAUUUCCAAAGUAAACAUAGUUAUACUGCCCACUUGAACACAAAGUCUGACUACUGAUAUUACCAGUAAAACUUUAAAAAAUUGUCUAGAUGAUACUUCAAUCUCAUUUAGGUCAAUUAGGUAUUUAAGCGCAUAUCUCUCUUUCUUUUCAAAUCUGGCAUGUCUGUAGAAUGUUUAGUCAUGGAAAACUCUUAUCUCAAAUUAAAACUGUCUUUUAGAUGAAUAUUCCCAUAAGCCAGAAGUGUUUCUUUUAUCAAAACAACAUUGCCAACCAUCUCCCAUCAGUGACCACCAGGUGGAGAACUAAAUCUAAUUGUUAUAUAGAGCUCUACAUGCUAAACAGACUUCAAAAUUCUUCUAAUAUGCAGCAAAUGGCAAAACGCAUUUUUAUGUAUUGUUUUUACUUUGCAUUUGUUCAAGUCCACUGUGAAUACCUAAACAUGUUGUGAGAACACAUUUCUUAUAGCAGAUACCAAGCAGAUACCAUAGCACCUUAACCAGAUGUUCACUAUUGGUUUUCUGUGGCCAUGGCAAAAUGUGUAAACAAUAUAACUUUGUAUAGAAACAAAAGAGUAAAAUAAAAUAAGUACUCUGGCACUACUGUCAAAACUGAUAAUAACUGCACUAAAGUGAAUUGAAUGCCACCAUUUCCAGCAGAGAACAGCUUUGGCUUCAAGUCAGUCAAAAAGCAAACGAGUUAUAGCUGGUUUUGAUGAUUUAUGUCAUAACAACAAGCACUCAAACACUGUACUCCAAAACAAUUUAAAAAUAAUACUAAAAUUUAAAAAGUCUAUAAAAAGAAGCAGGAUCCCUGUGGCUCUUAAUAUUCCAACUCCAAGGUUUCUAAACAUGGAGGGUAUGCUCCAUUACCCCAAAGUUCAAAGACCUCACACUUAAUAUACCACAAAGUUACUGCCUUCACUAUUUCUUUCUAUGAUGUGGCAGUCACAGAAUCCACAUGAUCUUUUCUUUGGUACAAAUGCCCGCUGAUUACUGCACAUGGCUACCCCUACACUUUUUAAGGAUGGUGGCAUCUGUUUAUCAUAUGAGCAGUAGUGAAAUGCAGCAUCAUAUGACCGUAACAGCAAUGACACCAAUGUCCGGGUCUUCAGUCACAGUGCCUAUGCAAGAGCUGUGAUCUGGGGGGAUGCAUGUGGAAGUAAAGCUGCAGUAAAAUAUCAGCAUGUUGUUUUAGUCGCACUUGGGAAUAAUCUGAAUAAUUAUUUGCAUGUCUCUAUGGGUAGUGAAGUACAAGAUGCUAGGAUCACCUAUCAGCAGUUAGAGGUGCAUGCAGGUUGAAGAUGUAGUCCGAACACAGCACAAACUGCUGACAAUGCUUCAGUAAUUCAGCACAAAUACAACUAUGCUGUUGUGUGGCCUCCUUCCCAUGGAGUAAUAUUUUGUCCUUGCGGCUGUCAGUACUGGAGGUACAAUGCUAUAACAGCAGUAUUGUCAGUACUGGAGGUACAAUGCUAUAACAGCAGUAUUGUCAGUACUGGAGGUACAAUGCUAUAACAGCAGUAUUGUCAGUACUGGAGGUACAAUGCUAUAACAGCAGUAUUGUCAGUACUGGAGGUACAAUGCUAUAACAGCAGUAUUGCCAGUACUGGAGGUACAAUGCUAUAACAGCAGUAUUGUCAGUACUGGAGGUACAAUGCUAUAACAGCAGUAUUGCCAGUACUGGAGGUACAAUGCUAUAACAGCAGUAUUGUCAGUACUGGAGGUACAAUGCUAUAACAGCAGUAUUGUCAGUACUGGAGGUACAAUGCUAUAACAGCAGUAUUGUCAGUACUGGAGGUACAAUGCUAUAACAGCAGUAUUGUCAGUACUGGAGGUACAAUGCUAUAACAGCAGUAUUGUCAGUACUGGAGGUACAAUGCUAUAACAGCAGUAUUGUCAGUACUGGAGGUACAAUGCUAUAACAGCAGUAUUGCCAGUACUGGAGGUAUAAUGCUAUAACUGCAGUAUUUAUCAAGGAGACUGUGAACACAAACUGCAUUUCCUACUUCCUCUAUUUGUGACUACAUGCUGAGGAACUUUAGAGUCCAGAUUUGUUCCAUGGUCAUUUUCAUGCUCAGAAAUUACAAAUUCAGACAUAAAAUUAAGAUGCAGGUUAAAAGUCUGGGUUACAGCUAGCUACAAUAUUUGCUUCUGCCACUUACUUUCUUAUCCAACAUCUUGGCAGUGGAACACUUUUCUGUUAGGAGUCAUGGUUAGUAUCCAAGUGGGCUAUGCUGGACUCAUCAAGACUGAUCAGAAGGCCUGCUUAUCAGUGCUGUAAUUGUUAUACCAUUGUGCUUUUCCUUCGUCUAACUAGCAUGCCAAGAGGUAAAGUCUGAAAACAAAUACAAAAAUAUAAAUUGGGCUAUUAAUGAAAAAGUGGCACUUUUUGAACCUGUAAGAAUGUCCUUGGCUGUUAAGCAGAAGUAUAAAAAUGAAGUUGCCACUCAUGCCCUGGGUCUGAUAUUAGCAUAAAAUUAAAGGAUUCUGAGUCAGACAAGCAAAGUAAUAUAAUUUAUAGAGAAAUGUGCUUCGGUAUUUGCUGUCCCAUAGUAAUGUUUUAAGAGAAAGAUACAUUAUAGCAUCUGCUCAUAGCUAUGUCAGUUCAUAUCAUGGGCAGUCCUUAGACUGGUGGUUCCCCCAAUCUGAAGUUGAAGACCACAAAAAAGAAAAAAAAGCCUUGCAAUGCCCUAAAGUGCAGCAAAGAGCUGUACAAGCUCCCUGCUACAGUUAAGCUACAAAACACACUCAUUUAAACCUCUGUGAUAGUUGGGAACUGCGCUCAUGCCCAUUCAGCAGCUACUCAGCACUGCUAACCACUCCCCCUGACAGUUUGAGCUAGGCAACGCCACCCCCUUCACCUCACCCUAAUUAUGGUGCUAGGUUGCCCUUUAAGUAAUUGAGGGAAAUUUUCUCUGACUCUAAAUUCCCAGUAAAAGUUCUUUUAUGUUACUAUUGCUCACUUUUCCCAGAAGAGUUUUCAUCUGUGUCCUGCAGUAUUACUGUGCCCAUAUUUCAGAGGUUCUCACCUUUCUUCACUGUUACACAAUCACAAAGUUAGUAUAUAGAGAUAAAGGGGCAUGGGGUGAAGGUCUCCUUAUGGGGGAGCAAAGAUCUUGUUGUCCUGCUUUUGAGCUGUGUGGCCAGAUGUAUCAGAAACCGUGUUUGUAAGCAGUGAUGAUCAAACAACUGGGACACAGACUGUUGCGGCUUAAUCUACCAUGUAGAAAUGCUGCAGUGGGCCACUGUAACAUCACCAAAAACACAGCUGCCAUAAUAUUUUCACUUGGACAGCAAAGAACAAACCAUUAUACACAGUUUCUGAUUGGCUGGUAUUGUGUCUUGCAUUCACAAACCUUAUGGUGUUUAAAUUACAACUGACAUCAUUUGAAUGUAGGCUGUUUUCAGAAGUAUGAAUUUUAUUUUAAUUAAAGCAAGUAGCAUUUUAUCUUAAAACAAGUUGUAUUUUGAAUGCAAAUAUAUCUGCCAGCAAGAUUUCUACAGACAGUAAUUCCUAUGGCUGAUACUCCUGUGAUAAUAUUAAUUUAUAAUGAAUGACUAGUAUUUUCAUAGGAAGCAUUUAUAUAAAUAUUAAAGUUUAUAAGACAUUUAGAUUGUUCUCCAGCUUCCUUAAAGAUAUGAGCUUUGAGAUUUUGGAAUGCUGGCUUGGCAGUAUCACAAGGUAUUCUUCUCUCUACAUGCUUCAGUGCUCUCUGUUGACCUUAAUUGAAAUACCAGCAGGCUGCUGUUUACUGACACAUUUUCAAAAUUACAUAAAAAGGAAAAACAUCAUUUAUAGAGUCUCAAUAUUUUCUUAAAGAAAGAUCAUCAUCAUAGUCAUCAACCCCCAUCUUUUCCAUUUUCUACAUGGCACUGGGGUGUCUUAUAAACUGUCACCAUCUUGCUCAGUUCAGUGCCACUCUCUUACCUUCGUCAAUAGUCAUGCCUAACUGAUGCAGGUUUUCAUUCACACAAUCCCUCCAUGUCUUUGCUGGAUGCCCUUGUUUCUUCUUGCCUUCUUCCUUCCUUUCUAUCCCAAAUCUCCUUCGCCAGAUUGUUUUCUGCUUCCCUACACUUAUGACUGAACCACCAUAAUCCAUGCUUUUUGACCUUCUCUCUUAUUGGAACUACUUGGGCUUCUGUUCUAAUGUCCUCACUUCUCCAUCUGUCACACUAUGGUAAUUCUACCCCCCAUCUCAGGCACUUCAUCUUCAUCACCUCUAGCUUCCUCGUUUGCUCUGCCUUCACUGCCCAGUACUGGUCGCACCACUGUUUUGCACUCCUUACUUUUCAGCUUCUUUGGCAUUCUUGUGUGAUACACUCCUGAUACUCUAUAGAACUUGGCUGCAGCCUCUCUGAUUCUGGCUUUGAUCUCCUUAUUCAGACUUCCCUUCUUUUCAACUUCACCUCCCAGAUAUUCGAACUAUUAACCUGCUCCACUAUUUGACCUUCUGUCUCAAUUUUCAGAUGCUUCUAAUUUCCCCAAUUUGCUGCCAUUACAACUGUUUUAUCUGUACUCAGUUUCUUCCCAUGUGCCUUCAGUUUUGCACUCCAUGCUCAGAGUCUGCCUGUAAUGCCACAUUGUCUGCAUAAAGCAGUUUUGUUGGUCUGUCCUCUCUAUCUUUUUUGCUAAUGUAGUGCAUCAGCAGUGUAAAUAGCAGUGGGCUCAGAGCUGAACCCUUAUGCACUCCCACUGGGCACCCCUCAGUCAGUCUAAACACUGUUCAUACUUGUGACAUUGUGUCCUUGUACAAAGCCUGCACUAAUUCUACCAAUGUUUCCAAAAUGUUUUUAACCAUUGCAGGACUAUCCAAAAUCAGCUUUCUUUGCAUCUUAUCAUAUGCUUUCUACAAGUUUAGAAACGUCUGCUUGGACUCUUGCUCAUCUUUAGCUUCUUCUCAACUGUCCAUUUCACUGUAAACAUCAGGUCUGCUGUGCUGCAUCCUGAUCUGAAUCUGAACUGCUCAGCUCCCUUCUUACUUUCUACUACUCCAUGUAAGCAAGCAGAGCACUAAAACGUUACAAUAUUUGGUUAUACUGAAUACUGCACAUUUUUAGUUUGUGUGAGUGUUAUGUUUAGCUUAAUUUUUAGGGAAAGAGUGUUUUAUAACAAAGAGUAGAGUUAGGACAGGAAUGUGGAUAGGUUUAGGGUUAGCCCAUUAGUAAGGGUGGGUUGGGGCUUUGCCUCCUUGCACCACCUGAUACAAUGCAUACUAAUCCUAACCCUAUCCCCAACCCUCCUAUUCCUACACAUUAGGAUCACAUUACAAAUCAUUUCCCCUAAUAGCAACAGUAUACAAACAAAGCUUUUGAGAUUUAGCGAGCAAUCCAUCAGGUUUCUUGCAUUCAGUCUCCUGCAGUUGGAACACACACACACACACACACACAAAGCAACAUUAAAGUCCAGUUAGAUUGUUUUCGAUAUUCCUGAAAAAUCUGGCAGUAUCUUAAGAUUUUUCACUUUUUUUUUUUAAAUAGAAAAGGUAUUUCUGAUAGGAGGUCUUCUAGGAAGAUUUUUCCCUUCCAAAUCAUGUGUUUUCUGGUGAAAGACAAGUGAAAUUAUAUUGUUCCACAGAGACUGUACAUAAACAAGACAUCAUCUUUGGAUGAGGCAAUCUUCUACGUAUUGCUGUCAGCCAGGAGAUUUGCUUGGAAUGGAUAAUACAAAAUGUGAUGUUAACAAACCUACAUUAUAGCUGAAGGAUGCAUUGGAAUCUAAUUAAGCAACCAAUAAUCAUGACAUGAGGCAAACUAAGUGUAUGUGUACAGUCCCAGCUCACAUCCAUGAUAGUCUUCAGUUCCAAAAUGGCCUGUAGAUAAUUUCGUUUUUAGUUUCCAGAAGAAUCUUUUUACUAUGGUAUGGUAAAAUGUUGCAGAAACCGCCAAGCACAAAGGAUACAGAGACUGUGGAACAAACUGGGCCAAAAAAGUAAAAGGAAAGCAGAAAUUCUGUUUGUCUAUGGGAUUGACAAAAGAAUGAAAAGAAAAUGCUGCAGUUUUUUUUUUCAAAAGAUGGCACAAGAGCUGAGGUACAAAAAUGUAACAUUCAAAGAUACAUUAAGACAGAAAAAGGAGGACACAGAGGUACAUCUGAAAAAAAACAGUGAAAUGAGUUCAAAGCAUUAAGUUAAGAGGCUUAAGAAUGCAAAAGAUAAAAUGAGAUCACCUAACUAAAGUGGAUAAGAAGACAAUGCAUUUUAUAACUAUGUUAGCAGGAGAAAAUGAAGGGAUGCACUACACCAUGAAGAUACAUGAAGGUUAGGAAAAAUGGUAAACAAUGACUCAUUAAAUAGAAGAAAGUGGAUUAGAAAGCAACAAAAGAGAGAAAUUAAGCACAGUCCAUUUUUUAACAGAAACCACAAGCCCAUUUGAUAGCCAAUUAAUUAAUAUGGCAAUAGAUGUGGUAACGUAAAAGAGAGAUUAGAACAUUCACAGAGGUCCUGGGCAAACUCCAUUGAUCCCUAUAGACCAGUCUCAGAUGAGUGUAGAAGGGCAAUCAAUGGUAGACUUCUCAAAUGGUCAACCAGAAGUAGUGCAGGAAAUGAACAUCCAUUGUGGGGCCAUUUCCAGAACUGAGGGAAAAGCUUCUUGUGGGAUAUGGACAAGUUGAGGCAAGUCAUUAGAUGCACGAGUGUAGAAUCAUCAAUUUACUGUAUAAGAGAGGCUGGAUAUAUGCAGGUAUAGAGGCCAUUGGUAAAGAUAUUAAAGAGGAGGGGACCUAGAAUAGAAGCUUGGGGUAUACCAGUGCAGACUUGCAGGUAUGAAGAGAGAAAGGAUUCUGACAUUUUACAUUCUGAAGUCUGUUGGUUAAACAGUUACUGAACCACAGUAUUGAAGAAGGGGAUAGCCCAGGUUGAGACAGUUUAUGCAGGAGUUUAGACUGAGAAACUAUAUCAAAGGCUUUUGACAGGUCAGGGAAUAAGGAGGAAAUCAGAUUGCCAGAACCCCUGUGUUUCUUUAUGGUAUCAGUGAAUGAUGCGAAGGGCAGUAGUACUGUGUGCUGGGCGAUAUCUUUAGAAAAAGAAAAAAUGGCUAUCUAAACAGUUAACGGUAUAGUAGCUAGGCUUAAUUAUGGAUAAAUGUCAAAUCAUGUAGUUGGCCUAUAAAACUCUGAAGUAUAGUGCAAAAUAUAUGGAAUUAAAAAAAAAAAUAAGAGAAAUGUCAAGUGAUCAGAAGUGGUAUGACAACAGAUAGAUUAGGCACAUGAUAGAAUUACCAAAACAGAAUGUUUUAGUGCCCACAAAGAACCAAAAAUAGCAGAAAGAAUGAAGAAGGUCUGUAAGAUGUCAUCCUCUCUGUCCAGUUUUGGAGACCAAUAUCUUACAUCAGACAAGCUGCAGUUACCACUCUGAGGAAGGCCACCAACUUGGCACAUUAUCUGUAUUAACAUCUUUAUCAGUAAGAGCUGAUGGGAAAGGCAGCUAUAUAAUAAAGUACAGUUCCAGUAGAUUUCAAUUAGAUAACCUUACAUUAGGUCGUGCUUUAAAAACUUUCUUGUAGAAGGUAUACAGAGUCAAUUUUUGAAGCAAUAACGUCUGAGCUACUCAUAAUGAUGUCAUCUACUGUAUAAAGACUAAUAAAGAUGUCAUCUACUCUAUAAAUUUGUAGUUAUAUUCAUGACUUUUUCUGAUUCUUCUAAAUUAAAAAGGAGCAGACCUUUGCAUUAUGGAAUUCAAGAGUGGUAUGUGCGAUACAAGUGCUGAAUACACCAGAACACCAGACAUCUAAGCAAAGAUCAAAAUCUACAGAAAGAGAAGAGUGAAAGGGAAAACAGACAUGAGAUUGUGCUGAUGAUCGGCCACUAAUGUAAUAUUUAUGUGAAGAUCUCAUCUUCGGUUGCAUUUCAUUCAUCAAAUCUUGUCUAAGAAGGAAAUCCAAAACAGACAAAGCAAACAGUAGAACAGACACAGAGAUAUGAGCAGACUAAUGAUUAAAGCAAAGCAUGUGGUCAUAACUUGCAUAUGAAUUAGAACUAAAUCACAGACUACAAAGCUUCAAAAAACUAGGGACAGUGAGAAGCGUAUAUAACAUAUAAAACAGAUUUAAUGCUUAAUCUGUUUAUAUAAACGGAGGUCUUAACACAGAGCAAUACAGUGUUGAGGGGCAUCCCCUUUCCAAACUCAAAGGUGAUUGUAAUAUGGAAUUGCAUACAAGACAGUAUUAUACUAGAGUCAUCUUUUAAGUCCAUUCUUGCCAGGAAAAUAUGAGAGAUAACAUACACUGACUGUUCAGUCACCAUUUCAUUAGUCUUACUCAUAUUCAUAACAGCAAGACCCCAACAUCUUUGGAACCUUCAGGAGGAAGUAAUGAUUAUUGAUCAGUAGUUAGGUUUAGGUAAAACGAGUCUCCUGUUUAGCAGUGUACAGCUUUUACUUAAACCAGGCCAACAUUAUGCUUGCUAAUGUCCUUAUGAUCUCUGGGAAUACAUAUUUCUAAACUCACAUAGAUUAGUGAUGUUGCAGUGUGCCAAAUCACAGCCUUCUGCUAAGCUCAGAACAAGAAGGCUCAGUGUAAAGGUCUUCAGCAGACAGUUGUCUAGGCAGAAGAAAGUACAAAGGACCCUUUGCCAAAAGAUGAUAAUCUUCACAGUUAAGUCAUUUCAUAAUGCUGCACAGUACAAAGGACAAACCAAAGAGCAGAAUUCUGAACUGGUAUUGUUUUCCCAAAACAGACACAAAUCUUUAUUAGAACUAAGAUGCUGAAUAAUUAAGUUUCUCUAUGGUAUGAAAACAUAAUCUAUUAUCUUGUCUGAGAAGAAGGCAUGACAAGGUGAGCAUUUAAACUUCUCUGUGCAUGAUACAUAAACAGAUGAUCUUGAAAUCAGAAAUAGGUCUCAUAUUUCCAUUUUCUUAGGUUAAUAGGUAGUUACUAGGCUUGUGGUCUUGGAGAUCAUUGAAGAGCCCAGCCCAAUUUCUCAGUUGCCUCAGAACAUUGUCUGGUUAAAAAAAAAAUCACAGACUCACAUGGUAGGCACAUGGAAGCUGAGCUGACAGAAUCAAACUCUGGACUACAGGAAACAGUUUAUAGCCCUAAUCCUAUGUGCUUAGCUCUCAGACUAGAAAGCCACCCCCACCAGCUGGCACAUGAAUGUGAAAUAGAGAUCUUUGUGAUAUGUAUAAGAACCUGAUGUAAAGCUCUUUGUAGUAUCACUUUUUGGACACUCAUUAUACAGAACUCUUUAGAAAGGAAACGGAAUGCAUCUGAAUAUAACUUUGCAUGAUCUGGAGGGUUGAAAGACAGACAUCAGAUGACUCUCUGGGUGCUGCUCUAAGAUACCUAACAUGUAACCUCUUAGCCAUAGUAUCUAGAACCUGGUAGUUGAAUUGGCAGUUUUCCUGUAAAGUACACAGAAACAAUCAACCUCCAACCACUGACUUCACAAUCAAAAAUACCCAAGACGAUGAACAGGUGAAGCUGAGAUGGGGCAUGUCAGAUGAGUGGUGCUAUUCUUUACAGAAUGUUUUGUAACUGAGACAAAGAUGAUGAAAGCAUAGCAUUAAAAGGAAAUUAUUUUUAUUAUCUGAAAUCUGCAGCACUGGACCAAACAUUUAAGCCAUAAUAUAAAAGAUGACUAUCAAACUGCUCUAGGGUUGUGUAUCGUAAAGAAAACUGAGUUCAAGGUUAUAACAAAAUUAUGGUACAUGCAUUAUGCCACAAGGGAAAACAUCUAAUAAAAGCAAGUGGUUUAUAUGUUGCACUCCCUCAUGGCAUGACCCUGAUGACAUCCACAGCUAUCUGUGGAGUUUUGAAGGCAAUGGAGGUGUGGUUGGGAGGGGUGGAAAUAGGAUACUCAUACCUAUGAACAGUUUAGAGAUCCAAUCCACCUACUGCAUCCAUCUACUACAUGUGUUUUGAAUGUGGGAGGAACCGUAGAAAAUCCAUAUGAUGUAGGAGAAACCCUAGAAAAUCUAUGUGAUCACAGGAAGGGCUCACAGACUGUUCUCAGAAGGCACCACCUCUGAGAAUUGAACUA